AUGCCUGCGAAACAUCACAGCCCAGAGCAGAGUGAGUCGCUAAAGCAGGAUCCGACGGAGCGCAGACGGCUACAGAAUCGUCUCUCGCAGCGGAAUCACCGGAGGAAGAUCCGCGAUCGAAUCGCCAAACUCCAAGAACGAGUCAUCGCCAGCGAGCUGCGUGCUGCAGCAACCCUGCACGGAUGGCACUCGGCGCCCUGCAUUCCCUACGAGGUGAAGCCAUCACCGUCCUCUACUUCAUCGUCGCUGUCGCUGUCCCCGUCCUCUCCCCCUGCAGAGCUACAGUGUCCACCGGCGUCGUAUAAUGUCGGCCUGAACACGAUGCCCCAACUUCCUCUGUUCUCUACACCGGGAGAGAACGACGAGACGGGGACUACAGUCAGUUCUGUGAAUGGGAGUGGCACAUCCAGCCCAACAGCCCUAGUCCCUCCUGAUAUUGUCACUGGCUCUGCGUUGGGACUCGGGCAGGGCUACGGACUUGAUACGGUGCAAAUGUGCGAGCAAUGGGGGUUCCAGGGAUCUGUUUAUCUAGCUACAGAUACUGCAGACUCUUGGUCCGUCGUCGAACGCGAUUAUACUGCUCCAGACCCCGGGGUAUUCAGUCGGAGGAAGCACACUGGGAUAUACGUCGCAGGGACAGGCGGAUAUGAGCGGGUGCCAGUGUCAGAGCCUGGGGUGGAUGGCAUGCCCUCUUCAUCCGAUGGGUUAAAGACUUAA